CUCUCAGGGACCCACACUUGUUUCAGGAAAAGCGCCUGAACAUAUUUUCUGUCUCGCGAGCUGAAGGACAGGACGGCCUCGUCAGUGCCAGGGAGAAGGCGUAGACUUCCUCCAAACAUUUCCUCCGCCAUCUCCGCUCUCGAGACUCAACGUUUGGUGGAAUCUUUGUCACGAGAGGAGAGUUUUUUUUUUGUUACCUGCUAUUUCUUUCACCAAAACCACCAGGUUGUUUCGGUCCUUGAGAGGGUGUCCAUCUUUUCCUCCCAACAUCAGAACUUGUUUUGCAGCCAUGGACUGGGGAACAGAUCUUUGGGACCAGUAUGAUCACAUUGAAAAGCAUACGCAGUCAGGCCACGACCUGGUGGAUCGUUACAUUAAGUUUGUGAGGGAACGGACAGAAAUAGAGCAGAACUAUGCCAAACAACUCAGGAGUCUGUCAAGGAAAUAUGCCAAACGAGGGAGCAAGGAAGAGCAAGACUGCAAAUUCAGCAAUCAUGCAUCACUUCAGGAGAUCCUGAACGAGCUGAAUGAUUAUGCCGGCCAGCGGGAGCUCAUAGCUGAAAACAUGAUGACCGGCAUCUGUGUGGAACUCACCAAGUACCUUCAAGAUUUAAAACUGGAACGCAAAACACACCUGUCUGAUGCCAAGAAGGCCCAGCAGAAUUUAGAGAUCAGCUUAAAAAACCUAGAAAGUACUAAGAAGCGCUUUGCCAAGGAGUGGGCGGAGGCUGAAAAAGCCACACAACAAGCAGAGAAAAUAGAAAAUGACCUUAAUGCCACCAGGCUUGAUGUAGAGAAGGCCAAGCAACAUGCCCAUGCCCGCACACACACAGCGGAGGAGUGCAGGAACGACUAUGCCGCACAGCUCCAGAAAUACAACAAGGAACAAAACUUCUUCUACUACUCAGAGAUACCGCAGAUCUAUAAUAAAAUGCAGGACAUGGAUGAGCGGAGGAUUCGGCGGCUGGCGGAGGGAUACUGCCAGUUUGCAGACAUCGAGAAAAAAGUGCUGCCCAUCAUCACAAAGUGUUUAGAUGGAAUUUCUACAGCAGGGAAGAAAAUUAAUGAGAAACAGGACUCAAUACUGUUCAUAGAGCAGCACAAGUCUGGUUUUGAGCGACCUGGAGAUGUUGAGUUUGAAGACUACACCCAAGGAAUCAAAUCCGCAACCUCUGACUCCAGUCUCAACCCUCCUAAAACUCGUGCCAAGCUCUGGCCUUUCAGCAAGAAGACCAAGCCACAUGCUGCAGAAGAUUUCUCUCACCUUCCUCCAGAGCAGAGGAAGAAGAAGCUACAGGCGAAGAUUGACGACAUCACCAAAGAGCUGCAGAAGACACAGGACCAAAGCGAUGCACUGGAGAAGAUGAAGGGUGUGUACGAGAAGAGUCCACAGAUGGGAGACCCCUCCAGCCUGGAGCCUCAGAUCUCAGAAACUGCCCAGAACAUUGGCCGCCUGAGGGGGGAGCUCGUCAAAUAUGAGACGUGGCUGUCAGAAGCGGUGGGAGGAGAGGAGACUUCCAAUGCCAUCAACAAUAAUACUAAACAUUGUGUUGUAGCAGCUGAACAGUCUCCAAACAUCUACACAGAGUUUGAUGACGAGUUUGACGACGUAGAAACUCCAGUCGGCCAGUGCACGGCUCUGUACACCUUUCAAGGCAACAGUGAGGGCACGGUUUCCAUUACAGAGGGAGAGAUGUUGACUAUAAUGGAGGAGGAUAAAGGAGAUGGAUGGAUGAGAGUCCUUAGAGCCAGUGGAGAAGAGGGCUAUAUACCUUCAUCCUAUGUCAAACUUGCCCCAUAACACACACACACACACACACUUAGAGCUUGUGAUGGGAAACAAGUAAAGAGCCAAAGGUGAAUACAAAGUCAUCCACGAUAAUUGAAGCUGUUCUUUACAUCUUUUAUCUCAGCCAGUGACUUUAUAGUGAGAUGAAAGUGAGUGAUUAGAAAGCUUGUUGUCAAUGAUGUUUGCGAUAUCACACAGUUCCUGUCUCAAAAUGCAGAUUGUCUGAUCUUUAUAGAUUUAAGCUUUUAAAUCCAAACUUUUGAAUGUAUAUCUGAACUUUUUUGUCACAAUGUUGACGACUUGUGUAACAUAUUCAGCAUUAUAGUAGCUUAAAAGCUGCAUAUCUUUAUAUCCACUCACUUGACUUUCCCACUGUCAUCUCUAAUAACCUGCUGAACUUAUUCUUUUUGUAACAUCAACCCUCAUCUAAAACUUCUUGCCUGAUAGGAUAA